AUGAAUUCAAUUGAAAAAACUUUAGAUGAAUUGACAGAUGCUGCAGUUCCUGAAAAUAUUAGGCUCAAAACAGAUCUCAACAUUGAACCUCCAACAAGUGAAUAUGAGCUGAUUAAAAGAAUUCGAAAUGUCGCAGAGAAAAACAAAGUAUGGAGAUCGUAUAUCGGCAUGGGAUAUCACAAUUGCUGCGUUCCUCAUACAAUCAUGAGGAAUAUUUUUGAAAAUCCAGGAUGGUUUUCACAGUAUACACCAUAUCAGCCUGAGGUUGCCCAGGGAAGGUUGGAAGGUCUACUAAAUUAUCAAACAAUGGUGACAGACCUUACAGGUUUAGAGGUAGCAAAUGCCUCUCUUCUGGAUGAAAGCACUGCAGCUGCAGAAGCAAUGAGCCUUUGCUUUAGACAAAAUAAACGUCGAAGACUCUUCUUGUCUCAUUUAUUACAUCCUCAAACAGUGUCAGUGGUUCAAACCAGAGCAGAUUCACUGGGUCUGACUGUAGAUGUGGGAAAUGUAUUUGAAGCAGAUUUCUCAAAUCGUGAUUUUGCUGGAGUGCUUUUUCAAUAUCCAGACACAGAAGGUUCUAUUCAUGAUUUUUCUGCUGUGUCAGAGAGAGCUCAUGCCAAUGGGACGCUGGUUUGCUGUGCAACAGAUCUUCUUGCACUCUGUUUGCUUCGACCUCCAAGUGAAUUUGAUGCAGACAUUGCUGUAGGCACUAGCCAAAGAUUUGGGGUACCUCUAGGGUAUGGAGGUCCACAUGCUGGAUUUUUUGCUUGCCGGCAGUCUCUUGUCAGGUUGAUGCCUGGACGUAUGAUUGGAGUUACUAGGCUUGCACUGCAAACCAGGGAACAACACAUUAGAAGAGAUAAAGCGACAAGCAACAUUUGCACUGCUCAAGCUUUGUUGGCUAACAUGGCUUCCAUGUUUGCAGUUUAUCAUGGUCCCCAAGGACUGAAGGAAAUUGCAACUCGUGUUCAUAACACUGCUGUACUGCUAAGUAAAGGUGUUGAAGAAAGUGGUAAUAUUGUCACCAAUGACGUUUUCUUUGAUACCAUUCGUGUUGUGCCUGGAAUGGAUCCAGCAGAAAUUCAUCAUAGAGCUAGACAAAAAGAAAUCAACUUACGUAUAUUCUCAGAUGAUUCUGUUGGAGUCGCAUUAGACGAAACUGUUGGUGCUCAAGACAUAGAUGAUCUUUUGUGGGUGUUUGGCUCUAAAGUAACGACAGAUGAGGUAGCAGAGAGGAAUAAUAUACAUGAGAAAACUAUAAUGUCUUCACCAUUCCGUCGUACUUCCCCAUUCUUGACUCAUCCUGUAUUUAAUUCUCAUCACUCAGAAACAAGGAUUGUUCGAUACAUGAAACAUUUAGAAAAUAAAGAUAUUUCACUUGUUCAUUCAAUGAUUCCCUUGGGAUCCUGUACAAUGAAGCUUAAUAGCACAACAGAAAUGAUGCCAUGUAGUUUCCAACAUUUUACUGACAUUCAUCCUUUCGCUCCUCUUGACCAAUCACUGGGGUAUCAAGAAUUAUUUGAAGAGCUUCAACAAGAUCUUUGUGCCAUUACUGGAUAUGAUCGAAUUUCUUUUCAGCCGAACAGUGGAGCCCAAGGUGAAUAUGCUGGACUGAGAGCCAUUAAAGGAUACCACGAAGCACACGACCAAGGACAUCGCAACUUGUGCCUGAUUCCAGUCUCUGCUCAUGGCACAAAUCCUGCCUCUGCUCAGAUGGCAGGCAUGAAAGUGGAGCCAAUUAAUGUAUCAAAAGAUGGCAGUAUCGAUGUUGAACAUCUUAAGGCUAAAGUACAUGAACAUUCCGAGAGCCUGUCUUGCUUGAUGAUUACAUAUCCUUCAACCAAUGGUGUGUUUGAAGAAACUAUUGCUGAUAUCUGCCAACUCAUUCAUGAACAUGGAGGACAGGUAUAUUUAGAUGGUGCCAACAUGAAUGCACAAGUUGCACUGUGUAGGCCAGGAGAUUAUGGUUCUGAUGUUUCCCAUUUAAAUUUACACAAGACAUUUUGUAUACCUCAUGGAGGUAAGAUCCCUUACACUAAUUUCAGUUUUGUAGUGCAG